AUGGCUGCGGCAGCGCAGGCAGCGCCCGGCUCCCGCGAUACUUGGGGUCGGCCCGGCGGAGCGGGGACGCGGCGAGGUUCCCCCGUUACUCCAGGAGUGCCCAGGCACCCAGCCACCCUUACCCUCUGGCCCUGGUCGCAGGAGAACCUAUGUGCUGCCGGUGUACGUGAAAACAUAUCUGACUGCAAAGCGCAGGGGGAUUUGCAGAAGGCACAAAAGAGUGGUGCAUCUCCACCCUGCAGUUCCAGGCUCUGCAACGCACGUGCACAGGGACACGCAGUGCCUUUCCCACUCUUCAUCCCGGCUGCAGCUCUUGGGAAAACUCAGAACGAUCCCGGUAUUUGCACAUCAGAAAGGCGGGAGCUACCGCGACAUGAGCCACAGACAUUCCAGAAACCCCCCGAUUUUCCCACCGGAGGAGAUGAUGGUGCUCAGCAUCUCCGCUCCGCAGGCCAGGCUUUGCUGGUGCCACCCCAGGAAACCUUCCCUCUGCAGAAGGGAGAAGAGCUCUACCUCCUGAGACUGUUGAACGUCUUCAGGGCUGAACAGGUCAGUCCUAAGAACGUGACGAUGAGGCACAUAAACUGGGAUUUUCUCAGCUUCACGUACAAACAACUUUCUCCGCACACCCAGAGUCAAUCUAGUAUUUAA